GAUAUGCCUCGGAUGAAUAACACAGUUAAAAUGGAAUUUAUUCUUCUUGGACUUUCCAGUCAGCCCAGGACACAAGUGUUUCUUUUCUUUGUCUUCCUGCUUGUAUAUAUGUUCACAUUAAUUGGGAACAUUUCCAUCAUUACUCUAAUCUUGUCUGAUGUCAGCCUUCACACACCUAUGUAUUUCUUCCUUGGCAACCUCUCAUUUCUGGAUCUCUGCUACUCAUCUUCCACUGUGCCGAGGAUGUUGAAAGAUUUGAUGUCAGUAAACAAAACUAUCUCUUAUGCUGAGUGUGCAACACAAAUGUACAUUUCUCUCUCCUUAGGGGAAAAUGAGUGUGUUCUGCUUGUUAUUAUGGCUUAUGACCGUUAUGUAGCUAUAUGUUAUCCACUACAUUAUACUACAAUCAUGAGUAAGAAGGUUUGUGCCAGACUAGCCAUCGGUACAUGGAUGUGUGGGUUUCUUCACUCUAUUCCCCAUGUGUCACUUACACUCAGUGUAGAUCGUUGUGGUAACAAUAAAAUAAAUCAUUUUAUGUGUGAAGUGCCAGAAAUAUUAUCACUGGGUUGUGGAAACAUUUUGAUUAUGGAAUUUAUUAUUUUUGUUGUUGGUGUGAUUGUUCUCAUGGCACCAAUCACAUUUAUUGUAACAUCUUAUGUUCAAAUCAUUGUAAGUAUCUUAAAAAUAGCAUCUUCAUCUGGGCAGCAGAAAGCAUUCUCCACCUGCGGGUCUCACAUGAUGGUUGUGACUAUAUUUUAUGGCUCAGCUAUGGCUGCCUACAUGAAACCUAGGUCAAGCUCUCUACCAGGAACAGACAAAGUAAUUGCUAUUUUUUAUUUUAUUGUUACGCCAAUGGUGAACCCAAUGAUUUAUGCACUAAGGAAUAAUGAUGUAAAAGCAGCCUUUCUUAAAUUUAGAAUUGGAAACCUGUUCCGCUAAUAGUAAUAUGGACAGUAGAUGACAAAAUACCAUUCAUAGAUGGUG